CUCGUCGAUGGCGUCGAUACAACUUACUGGCUCUACAACCAUGUGUAGGCGAUACACAGUGGAGCCGCUGCUGUGAGAAAGUCUGUUCCGUGGCCGAACACCCGCAUGUUGCGACGCGAUUGGAAAGAUCAUGAAUAAGCGUAUCACUGGCUUGCAUCUGGAGAGGAAGUGAAGACGGAAAGAGCAAUUGGCGUAGUGGUCAAGAAAGAGACAAAGGUUCGGCGAUGCAUCAGAUGCAUCAUCAUUUCCUUGGAUUUCCGGGGUUGGUCACGUGAGAGUAGGAUCUACUUUUCGUCGCGACCCAUUGCGCGGUAACGCUACAAAGUCAGUGCCGGCGUGAUGGCAGCGGGCGAGCGUGUCUUGACGCCCACAUCACCGCAGAGCAACAUGCUUGCAAGCUCCAUAAUGUCGUCCGGCGCAAAGGGCGCCGCGUCGCCUACGAAAGCCUCGAGCAAAGGCGGGAGUGACAAGGAGAACGGUGCAUUUGACAUGCGAUCGAUGCAACAAGCCAUGUCGUCCAGCAUAACAGCAGCCGGCGCCAAGGCACCAUCGUCUCCGACCAAAUCGCCCACAAAGUUGUCAGGUGACAAAGCCAAGUCGAUGCUAGCCAAGUCGACAGCUACCCCUGCGGCCGAGCCAACAAUGUCGCAACUUCUCGCUCAAGCACAGAACGGCGGACUCAAAGGGACUGGUGCAGCAGUAGCUCGUCGUCAGAUUGACACGAGCAGCUCAGCGGGCGAUUACAUGUCCUGGCGAAAGGGUCAAGGCUUCAAGCCAUGGGAGAAGCAGCUCUUGCAGUCGCCCGAAGUCAAGCGAAAGUCAGACGUCGCUCAGCUCUUCUUCUUCGACUACUACUUCGACCUCAUCAGCUAUGUCGGCGCGCGCAAAUCGCGUUGUUCGCUCUUCAAGCAAGAUGUCAUCUCGCGAAACCUGACGGGUCCCGCACUCGCUUCCGAAUGGUCAUCUUAUUGCGGUCGUGAGCGCGUACUGCUGAGAAAGCGGCGUACAAAGUUGCUCGUCGAUCAAUUCCACAUCAUCUGCCAAGUCGGUCAAGGUGGCUAUGGUGAAGUCUAUCUCGCACGUCGAAAGGACACUGGCGAGGUUGCUGCCCUCAAGAAGAUGAAGAAGAAGACCCUCGCAAAGAUGGACGAGAUCCGUCACGUCCUCACCGAACGCGACAUUCUCACGGCUACCCGUACUCCCUGGCUCGUCAAAUUGCUCUACGCUUUCCAAGACCCGGAGCAUGUCUACCUCGCGAUGGAAUACGUGCCCGGCGGUGACUUCAGAACGCUCCUCAACAAUUCCGGCGUUCUCAAAGAGGAGCAUGCUCGCUUCUAUAUUGCAGAGAUGUUCUGCUCAGUCGAUGCGCUCCACAAGUUAGGCUACAUCCAUCGCGAUCUCAAGCCCGAAAACUUCCUCAUCGACUCUACCGGUCACAUCAAGCUCACCGACUUUGGCCUUGCCGCCGGAGCGCUCAAUCCCGGCAAGAUCCAGAACCUAAAGCACCGCCUUGACGAGGUCAAACAAGAUCAAGAGCUCAUUUUCAGAAGCACGAUCGAGAUGAAGAGUAUCUACAAAUCACUUCGCAAUGCUGAUGCGCGUUAUGCCGAUUCUGUCGUUGGCUCGCCCGACUACAUGGCACCGGAGACGCUUCGUGGUCAGCCUUACACAUUCAGCGUCGAUUAUUGGUCGCUCGGUGCGAUCUUGUUCGAAUUUCUGGCCGGUUUCCCGCCCUUCAGUGGUGCUUCACCCGAGGAGACCUGGAAUAAUCUUCGCAACUGGACGCGCUACCUGCGUCGACCCCACUACGAUCGCGAAGAAGACAAAAUCUUCAACCUUAGCGACAACGGAUGGGCUGCUAUCACCGCUCUUCUGGCAGACAAGAAGUCACGAGUCAGCCGCAUGGACGAUCUCAAAUCGCUCCCCUUCUUCGCCGGCGUACCUUGGGACACUCUACGCGACAAGCCAGCUCCUUUCAUUCCUGCACUCGACUCCGAGGUCGAUGCUGGCUACUUUGACAACUUUGAGGAUCCGGCAGAUAUGGCGAAAUAUGCCGAAGUGCGCGAGAAGGCACGUAAUGUCGAUGCGGUCCAGGAGAAAGAUGAGCCCUUUGGACGUGGUGUAUUCGUUGGCUUUACGUUCAAGCCCAAGAAGCGCACUGAUGGCGAUAUUCUCGGCAUCACCAACUCGACCGUCUCGGAGGACACAUCUAUGCUCGACGACGGAGAGAUGAUCAUGAUGUUCUAGGCCACCCUUUUACGCGCUGUUUUGUAUCGUAUCUCGUGUAUCAUGUCUUCAUGCACGCACUUUCGCACACA